AUGGCUUCAAUGGUUCCUCCUCCAGACUUCGACCCGUACACGCAAGAGUUCAUGGUACUAGGCCCUGAUGGCCAGGAAAUUCCCAUUUCCAUGCAGACAGUGAACGAAUAUCGUCUCUACACCGCACGACUGGGCCUUGCCUACGGUUCCCAGAUCGGCGCAACCCUGCUUCUGUUGCUGGUGCUAUCUCUCUUGACCCGCAGAGAGAAGCGCAAGUCUGGAAUCUUCAUUGUCAAUGCCCUGUGUCUAGUUACCAACACCAUCCGCUGCAUCCUCCUCAGUUGCUUCGUGACCAGCACCCUCUGGCAUCCCUACACCCAAUUCUCCCAGGACACCUCCCGCGUCUCCAAAACCGACGUCAACACCUCCAUCGCCGCAAGCAUCUUCACCCUGAUCGUCACAGUGCUCAUCAUGAUCUCGCUCAGCGUACAGGUCUGGGUCGUCUGCAUCACCACCGCGCCUUACCAGCGCUACAUGAUCAUGGGCGCAACCACCGCGACCGCCAUGGUCGCCGUCGGCUAUAAAGCCGCCUUCGUCAUCACCAGCAUCAUUCAGACGCUCAACGGCCAGGACGGCGGGUCGUACCUCGACCUCGUCAUGCAGUCCUACAUCACCCAAGCCGUCGCCAUCAGCUUCUACAGCUGCAUCUUCACAUACAAGCUUGGGCAUGCUAUUGUCCAGCGCCGGACCCUUAACAUGCCGCAGUUCGGGCCCAUGCAGAUUAUCUUCAUUAUGGGCUCCCUCUUCACCGGCCUCCAAUUCGUCAAAAACGUCGACGAACUCGGCAUCAUCACGCCCACCAUCGUGUGCAUCUUCCUCCCGCUUUCCGCCAUCUGGGCCGGCGUCGUCAACGAGAAGGUGGUUGGCGCCAACGGCCCCGAUGCACAUCACAGACUGCUGCAGGGCGAAUUCUACCGCGCGGCGAGCAAUUCGACGUAUGGGAGUAAUUCGAGCGGGACUGUGGUGGACAGGAGCAGGCAGAUGAGCGUAUGCACGUGUGCGAGUUCGAGCCCGUUUGUGAGGAAGAAGAGUGUGGCCGAGUGGGAUGAUGAGGCUAUCCUCGUCGGGAGGGAGUUUGGGUUUUCGAGGGGCGAGGUUGGGGAGAGGGGUUGA